CCAGGCUGUUCGAUGGACGACACCAACGCGGCAAAGAAAGCAGUGGUUGACAAACGUCAGGGCACAAACUGGUUAUUGACGGCCGACACGGGGGUUGACCCCGGAAAACUCAACGCCGAGUUCAUUUUUGACGGCCAAAAAAUCAAAGUCGGGACUGGAGAGCUUGCAAAGGCUGGAAAAGCAGCAGCAGACGAUCUGGUAAGAAUUGCAUGAAGCCCCAUCCUAACUUCUGUCCUAUUAAUCCGCGUCGCCAGAUAAAAUGGUACCCUUGGCAAAAACCGCAGACUGAGGUUCAGAUUACGAAUAACAAGUGCAACCCAUGGAAAAUUACUAGCCCAACCAGCAAAGAUAAACCAGACAUUGUGCCGUGGGACCCUCAGGUCACUGCGCCAAUGCCCCUUGAGGCACUGUACAGCAUUAUGCAGAUGCAUAAGAACAACAAGGCCCACGUUCUCAACGGGAUUAUGCUUAGAACAGACUAUUUUAUCCUCGUUACAAAGCAAUACUUCACCCCUGUCAAAGAAAUUAAGCCGGCCGCGCUUUCUGAUGACGUGCUUGCAUUCUGCUCCUUGGUCUUAUCAUAUGCGAAAUCCUUGGACGGCAAACCACUUAAGCCAGACGAGAGUCCUAAGCUGCGCACGCCCUUUAUGCCUCGAAAUGAUUUUGUGACACUCUACAACCAAGUCGAGUCAAAGCUCAAGGGGAUUCCUCUUUUGCCUCUUUUUGAGAAGCUCGCAUGCUACAAGGUGUCAGCUGGCAAGCUUGCGCUUGACAAGAAAUUCUGUACCGGGACGGCCAAGGCUCCAGUGCCGAAUAAGGAGUUUGCCGGCCUCACGUUCAAAAAUACGGCUUCCAAGUCUCCUGACGCCACCCUGACCGUCAAGGCCUGGAUUGAAGGCAUUGCCGCCAAGAAAGACUUGCUUACUGCCUUUGACAAAACUAUUGACGGUUCAAUUGGAGGCCUUGGAUCCAAGACGGAGAAGAUGUACCAAGGGACUCGCAAUGUGCCUUUGUUCGAAUUCCGAGACCUUAAGGACAUCAAAACUUCCGAAAUCGAGAAGUUUAUGACUCAGGUCGACACGGCUGUCCAAGAUCUCCACAAAAAAUACAAAGUCGCUCCUAAAUAAAGUCCGCGAUCGCACAUCAGUGGAAUCCUGCUCCUUGGAUUGAAGGCGACCGGCGGUGGGGGGAGAUUCG